GCCUCUCCAGCCGCCGAUGCUGCUGCUCCCGCCGCCGUCGCCGUCGUCGCCGGGCUGCAGCCGUCGGAACGCAUGGAGAGAUCGGUCGCCUGGAUGGGCUCCGAUCCCUCUUCAAAACCUACCAUUUCUGUAGCCUUUGGCUUUACCUGUGUUGUCCUCAUCCGCAGCUGAAAUGAACUAUGAAAAGGGCAUCCAGCCUUGCAGAAAGGAGGAACUUCAUUGCCUGCUGAACUGCCUGCGUUGCCACUUCAAGAAGAACUGUGGCAAAGACUAUGGGUCCAUCAAGAUCACCUGUUCAACAAUUUAUCUGAACCAGACCAUCCCCAUCACUGAGUUUACCCACUACACUGAAGGCAAGGCUGACACUAGCAUGUCGGAUUCUUCUGUGCUGGUAGCUGGUGUAGUGAUUGGAGCAGUGCUCUUCCUUUCCUGCGUGGCCAUCAUCAUCGGCAGCCUGCGAAAGAAUAGGUGCUUUCAACAUCUCCAGCUGAGGAGGGAUGCCAGUUACACUCCAGAAUGCUUCUAUGGCGGCUCAGUCGGAGAACUAAGAUCCAGUUGCAUAGAGGAGUUCCCUCCAGCCUUCUAUUUCAGCACUUAUGUGGAGACACAGGUCAAUGUCACCUGCCCCGACUCACCUCCCCACUAUGACGAGUGUGUGGGGCCUGGAGCUGUGCAAAUCUGUAUCCCUACAGAUGACCCUCCGCCUUACUCCCUGAUAGACCCUUGUCGAUGGAAUGACUCUGCUAUAAACAUCCCCUGGGAAGAAGAGGUGACUCCAGGGGCUGCAGGAGAAAGGGAUGCUGGGUAUUUGGUCGGACUGCAGGGCCUGCAGCAACCCAUCCCUUCCAUUUCCUUGUCAUCAUCAUUCCCGAUGGAAGCUGCCCCUCCCUACGAAACUGUUGUGUGUGAACAGAACAUCCCUAUUCCACUGGUCCCACUGGAUUUACUGAAAACCUCUACGGAACAUUAUCAGACUUUUUUCAACAGAAUAAUGUAAAAGGGCAAUGAUUCCUGACCUGUGCUUCUGAAGGAAUCCUUCAAGACUAAGAAAGGGUGAUAACCUGGAAUGAUAAUCACCCACCUACCCACAAUACUUAACAAAACUUUAUCUAUUUUUUACUUGUGGAUUUUGUUUUUACAGAAAAAAUGAAAGUUUACCUACACAUUCUUCUUUGUGUUUUAGAUUGUUCUUCUCUCCCUGAAAUGUAAAACAAUAAAUGCAUCUACUAGGGCAGUGGUUCCCAAACUUUCCUCCACACCCAAUGGACCACUUGACAAUCUUAAUGAUUGUUCUGCAUAUUGUAGCAACUGAAAUGCUCUGUACUAGAUGCUGUACAGCUUUUUAAUGUAUUUUUAUUGCUUCUUUUCUUUAUUGUAACAUAUUGCUAAAUGAAAGAAGCAAUAACAAGACCAUCAAAAAUCAAUCUGGAUAUUUAAUGCAAUGGAUGUGCCAUCUCCCAUCUUCAACCACAAAUCCACAGACACACCUGAGUGAAGCUUGGUCCAUGGACCACAGUUUGGGAACUCCUGUGCUAGGGUAUCUCCUGUAGGACUUUUUGUAGCAUUUGAAAGCACAUCUGGCUAAAAUACUUCUAAUGUAGAUGUAUGUCAUACGGUCAAACCUAGUUGUCAGGUUUGUUACAGUGCUUUGCAUGUCGUAGAACAAAAGGAAUAUACGAUAAAGGGGUUGCAUCUAUCUUUUUAAGAAUUGUUAGUAGAUGUAAGCCAGUGACUUAGUAAUAGGAGAGGAUUCGGUGUUUCAUUUAGCUGUAGAGUUCAGCUCAAGAGAGAUAAAAAUAUCCUUAGUCUGUAUCAGAAUAUCCCCAUUUUAUAAACAGGGAAAUGUUUCUGUAUUUAAGAGAAUGAGAUGGGAGGCUUCCCAGUUAAAUUUCUAACUGAGCUAACGCAGUUCCAAGCCCAAAUAUUAUGUCUACUUUCUGUCACAAACCUUUCCCCCUACCCACCUCAGUGAUAAAGCUGUCUGGGGAGAUUUAUUGUGAUAUGAGACACGAUUAUGUUGCAUACCAAAGAACUGGAAAGCAAAAGAAAAUAUGCAUUUCCCUGUUUUUACUGGGAGAGGUCUUACUAAAAAGAGGCAUGUGAUGCA